AUGCUUCGUCGCGUCUACAGCGAACGCACAGGGCCUAAGCCCUGUGCGUUCGCUGUAGACGCGACGAAGCAUGCCAAGGUGGAGCAGGACCGGAAGGACCGGGAACUUCACGAGGUCGCGGACCCGCACUGUGAGGUCGUGGCCUCCGCUGAGACCGGUAUCCGCACAGAGAUUCGUUUGCUUCAAAGGCUGAAGAUGUCGCUGUGGAAGAAGGAUGACUUGGAGAAGGUUUGGGAGGUGGGCGGACUGCUUGCCAGUUGGGGGGAGGACCUGCCAGACCAAGUCUCGGAGGCGGAGCUUGUAAAUCAGGAGCUAGACAGCCCAGAGAGGCAACUGCGGCUGGAGCAACUCCUCCGCCAGAACGCAGAUCCGAACGCUCCGGACCGGCUCGGCAGCACAGCCCUCUUGUGCGCUGCAGCCGCAGGACACCCGGAGCUUAUUCAGCCCUUGCUGGAUGCCAGAGCCCAGGUGGAAGUCCACAGCCGGUUCGGCGCCACAGCCCUCAUGGGUGCUGCGCGAGCGGGCCACCUAGAAGUGGUCGAGGCAUUGGUGAAGGCCCGCGCCCAGCUGGAGGCCCGCAACGAGCGCGGCGACACGGCCCUCCUUGUCGCUGCAACCAACGGCCAGCUGAAGGUGGUGGAAUCUUUGCUGACGGCGGGAGCUCAGCUGGAGGCUCGCAGGGACAUCGGCACCACAGCCCUCAUGUUGUCUUCAAUCCAAGGGCACCUGAAGGUGGUCGAGGCAUUGGUGAGGGCUGGAGCCCAGCUGGAUGCCCGCGAUGGGCAUGGCCUCACAGCACUCAGAAUGGCUGCACGCGGCGCAAACACAGCCGUUGAAGCCGCUAGAUUCGGUGGCCACCCAGAGGUGGUCGAAGUCUUGCGGAAGGCUGGAGCCCAGUAUUAG